UGAGUGAGUAUAGUAAUCCUAAUCAACUCGCAUCAAACACGAUAAAAACUGUGGACCUGGAAAGCUACCAAUUACCAGAUGAUGUCAUGAAUUUUUUUGAACCCUUGGAUGACUCAAAUGAGAUAAUAAGAAAAUCAUCAUUGUCGUCUAAAGAUUUUAUGAAAGUUCACCGGCGAUAUUCUUCAACUUCUGCGGCUGCACAGGAAGAAUCACUUUAUUCAUUGGAUUUAUCUUAUCAAGAUAAAUCCAAAUCAUCGUCAACCUCUUCAUCUUCCAUGACAACACCUUAUGCGACUCGAUAUUACGGACAGCAUAUGAGAACUUGGCAUCAAAUGCGCCAAGUUGAAAAUAAUAGAAUUACAGAAUUUGAUGCUUCAAUUGAUGCAAAUUUUGGCAUAGUAGAUGAUGAAGUUUCUUAUAAAACUACUCCAACUAUCCUUGAGCAUCAUCAAUCAACAAUUUCCUCCGGCCUUUUAGAAAUGAAAUCUGAAUCGUCGCAGAACUUGAUGCCAAAUACGACUAAUGGUUUCUUUACAAACUUAAAAGCAGCUGUACGAUCUCAUGCGUACUCUCCAACUAAACGUCACAACUUACCAAACAUAAAUAAUAGUGACACGGAAGAACCUUUGUUGAAAUCUAAUGCGCAUUUAUUGCCACCAGUUUUACCCCAUCCGAUUAGACAUCCGGCGUUGUCAUAUAAUGGUAAUGAAACGAAUUCAGAAGGUUUAAAGACAUCAGGAUCAUCAUAUGGUAUAGAAACAAAUUUAUCUGUGACAGAAGAAAGUUCCAUUCAAGUAAAUUCUCAACCUUUGAAAAUGAAGCUACCAAUAUCAGAAUCUUUGAAUUCUGAUAAUAAUCAGCCACCCCCAAGGACAUCAGACGAUAGUAGUCACAAGCACGAUAAUAGUAGUAAUAAGUUUAAACUAGUAAAAAAGCGGUCGUUUAUGUUAGGAAAUUCGAACGGCGAAAAGAAAGAGUGGAGAUUGAGUAGUGCACCUGGACUUUUUUCUGGUUGGGGCACAAAGAUAUCAGGAAAUAAAGGGACGGGAGGAGGCGAUGGACUUCUUAAUAAUGUAAAGAAGGAUUGA